AUGGGAAGUGACUCGAGAAUGGCGAGGGACUGGGAACAAUUGAGACGAAACAAAGCCAACAGCAUCAAGUGGACGGUGGCGUUGCAAACGGGAAGGCUGAUUGAUGGUGGCUGCAGUUGGGGGCUUUCAGCACAGCGAGAAGAAACGGUUGGCUUUUGUUUUGUGCGCGUGUUUGAGGGAGGGAGUGAGCGAGCCAACGGUGCGAUGUAA